GCGCUCGGCAUCUCAGCAGCUCAGCAACUCGCAGCAGCCGAAGCGCUGUGAGAGGUGAGGUCACCUCUAUGGGCAUCGGGGAUUAUGUGUGUGUUACACUCGGCGGAGGGUCGCCCUGGGGGUUCAGACUUCAAGGUGGCAAAGAUCACACGCAGCCCUUACAGGUUUCAAGGGUUCGGAAGAAGAGCAAAGCCUGCAGAGCUGGACUGUGUGAGGGAGAUGAACUGGUUGCCAUCAAUGGUAAACCUACUUCAGAUUUAUCCCAUUCAGAGGCCAUGCAACUGGUAGAUGGGACAAGUGACACCCUGCAAAUCCUCAUUAAAAGACUUGUUAGUGAUCAGCCAGAGUACACAGAAUAUGAAGGGACAAAGAGUGAGAAAGCAGUAGAGACCACACAACAGAUUACAAGCAGCAGACAGCUUUGCGAGCAGUCCCUUCCAUUCGAGCUUUACAUCUCUGAGUCUCAGGACGAAGCAUAUUAUGGAGAAACAGAAAGUGACACGGACAUUUCAGGGAAGAAAGAAGAGAAGCAGAAACAGAGCAGCUCCAGAUUGUUUCUGAAGGAAUGCGGAAACUCUGGGCGGUCAAUGAAGGAAAGUGAUUCUGCAGAGCAAAAAGAACUGACACAACCAGCAGUGGUGGAACUCCAGUUAUCCCUAGUGCAUGGAAAGGAUGGAGACCCAGAGACAGCUGCUGUGACCAUCAUUGGGGCAGAAACGUUCAACUCUGCAGCUUCAGAUCCCACUAAACCUCUUGUGAACAGCCAGAGAACUGAAUCAGCACUGUCAGAGACUGAUGGAAAGGUUACAGCCCAGAUAACCACUGCUGCCACAUCACUUCAGAGCAGCGGUGACAAACACGUCAAGUUGGUCCAAAGUGAGUGGCAAGGAGCAGGAGUGGAUUCCAAUCAGUCCAGAGUCGAGCUGUCUCUGGACUGCUCUGACAGAGAGCAAAGUGGAAAGGAGGUCUCCACCCCUGAGGUUGGCAGUGGGUGUGCUGAUUCUCCAGCUGAAGAAGAGCUGUCAAAGACAUACAGAACGCCUCCUUUCUCCAUUGGAAUUUCAUCAGAGGGGACAGAGCACGGACCAGAAGAGACACGCUCUGGCAAGGAUUUUGCAAGAACCCACAAGCACCGGGCCAGGCAGGCCAAAAUCCGUCGGAGUGAAAGCCUGUCAGAAAAGCAGGUUAAGGAAGCUAAGUCUAAAUGUAAAAGCAUUGCUUUACUCUUGACAGCAACUCCUACUCCCAGCUCCAAGGGGGCGUUGAUGUUUAAGAAACGUCGCCAGAGGGCAAAAAAGUAUACUUUGGUCAGCUACGGAACAGGGGAGUUUGAUCCCGACGACGAUCAAGAGGAUUCCAUAGAAUUCACUUUAAUAUCAACUAGCGAGUCUGAUCUUGAUGAGGAUUUCAAUGUGGAUGUCAGUAACUCAACCCAACUUGUGACAUUUGAUUGGGACACAGAUUUAGGAGAAGUCGAGAAGAAGGAGGACAAGAGUGAAGACGAAAUGCAGAGGUUACCAGAAACCAAAGGCAAGGGUGCUUUGAUGUUUGCCAAGAGGAGGCAGAGGGUUGACCAAUACACAGCUGAGCAAGAGGAGAUAAAGAGAUCAGGAAGAGUAUCUGAAGCUUCCUUUACGCAGUCUGUAAAAAUAGACAGUUCUUCCCAAGUAAUGCAAAGCAGUGUCAAUGAAUCAUCAGUCACGAUGCAAAAUCAUGCCUCUGAAAAUGGUAUGGACAUGAGUAAGCCAAGUGGUUAUGAUCCUAGGGUUGAGAACGUAAAUGGAGUUGGAGUGGCAUCUGAGAUGAUUGUCCAAAACUUUAAAGUCGCUGAAGAGAACAGAUCAGGUGUGCUGAACAGAACAGCCAGACCAUUCCCCGGGGUGCAAAACCGAGCUGCUGCUCCUUUUUCCCCUACAAGAAAUCUAACAAGUUCCCUGUCAGAUUUACCUCCCCCACCACCAUACUCUUCCAUUAGUCCACCACCUGGCAACCUUUACCAUGUUGCAUCUCCUCCUUUGGUUGCCACACCUCAACCGGGUGUAUGGUCACCUGCAGGCAUUGCAGGGGAGCAGAUAGCAUCCAGAGAUGAGAGAAUCUCUAUUCCUGCAAUAAGAACUGGUAUUCUGCAAGACGCGAGAAAACGAAACACUGCAAAGCCAAUGUUUACUUUCGUGGAUCGCCCUAAGGUAGCCCCAAACCCAGAGCUCCUCUCCCUUGUGAAAGGCAACAAAGACAAACGUAGAGGAGCAGACCAGCCCGGCGGAGGUUUUGAAUCGGGACCUGAAGAAGAUUACCUAAGUUUAGGUGCGGAAGCAUCCAACUUUUUACAGUCCCCGGCGGUAAAGCAGAAGACCCCUCCUCCAGUUGCACCAAAGCCAUCUGUUAAGAACUCUCCCACUGGGAUAACCCCUGUGCUGUUACCUGUGCUAUCACCUCCUGUGCCUCUGGCAGUAAUCCCUGUUGAAGCUCCUGUAAACUCUUCUGAAGCCACUCACCAGAUGCCAGUAAAAUCACACCCAGUUCAACCUGUUAGUUCUUGGUACCCAUCUACCAAUGCUACCAACCAGUUUACACCUUCGACAGGACCUCAAUCAGUAGUGUCAACACAUUCACAUAGUUCCAAAACACCUCCCACAACUCCCUUAUUACAUUCUGCAGCAGCUGGAGGUAUGGGUCCAGCAUUUGAAAUGCCAGCUUUGAAAGGUAAAGGAGCUGCGUUGUUUGCAAGGAGGCAGUCUCGAAUGGAGAAAUACAUAGUAGACUCAACAACAGUCAAGGCUAAUAAACCGCGGCCACCGUCACCUACCCCUUCCCUGCCAGCGUCUUGGAAGUAUUCGUCUAAUAUAAGAGCACCUCCCCCUUUGGCUUACAACCCAAUCCUUUCACCAUCGUAUCCACCUGGCCUUAUAAAAUCACACGCACAGUCCACUUCCUCAAACAAGUCAAAUAAAGGUGCCAAAGGUAAAGGCAAAAAGCCUCUCAAUACCUUGGAUGUCAUGAAACACCAGCCAUAUCAGCUUAAUCCAUCCUUGUUCACUUUUUCAUCCACAUCUGAUACUAAGGCACUUCCACCCAAAAGCUCACCACUUUCUAAGCAAUCUGUAAAGCCUGGUCCUCUUCCACCUAUGAAUCAAACUCAAAUCUCUCCACCAGUUAAUGCUGCCUGUUCUGUUUCUAAGAGUGUCUCAUCUAUGCCAACAGGACAAUCUUUUAAUCAAGCUCCAGCUUAUGCAAGCUCUGCAGAUGAAGAUCAUGCCUAUGGUUCUAGAGGGGGUUCUGGUGUACCCUCUCUUCCGAGUGAGAAUGCCUUUGUACCUCCAAGUUAUGUGUCAUCAGCCAUGUCAAUUGCCAUGGUGCCAAGACCCAAGUUUUCAGCAAAGAAAGUUGGAGUCACAGCACAGGUGUGGAAACCCUUUUCGAUAGUGGAGUAAUGUAAUUGGUAAAAGGCAAUGCUAACGGUUUUAUUUGUGAGAUUUAUAUUUGAUUUUGUGGUCUGCAGUACGGCACUGGAGUUAAUGGCAGUUUAAGAGAGGUGCAUUCUUUCUGUCCCAAUGUAGAUUUUUUCAAUGAAUCUAUUUUUAAAUAAUACUUCCAGCUCUUUUGGGGGUCUAAUCGAUGAAAUGCAUCUUGUCUCUUUGAAACAGAACAUAAGUCAUCCCAGCUCUGUUCUUUUUUAAAUAUGUUGCCUCAUUUUCAUAUGACGUGCUGGGCAGAGAAAAGAAAUUCCAGUCCAGAAGUACAUUGCCUUAAAAGGCAGGGUUAUCAUGACAUAAAAAGGAGAGCAAAGAUUAUGCAAUGAUUAUUAGUUUCUCUGAAUAGUCUUCGGCAAAUCUGAGUUAGCUAAUGGAAAUUUACAGGUCUUCAGACACUCAAUGAUGUGAAAGGAAUAAGCAGGGAAAUCUGGAUGAAAGUUAAAGUAGGUUUUGCAAAAUAAUGAAACAUGCGGAUCAAUUUGAAUGCAUGGCGAUUGAGUUUCUCUGUGAUUACACAGAAGGAAUUAUAUGAUGUUCAUUGGAAAAGGAAGGAGUCUGGGAAAUGUUGCACAGUUUGAUGAUGAGGUAAUGGGGGCGGGAGUUCCUGAACAUGGUUCAAGGUAUAAUAUUUGGCAAGUUUGGGUUUUUCCUUUGUAUGCACAAUGUGUAAGGAUUGAAUGAAUUCUGCUUAUUACUAAUCUGAAGGUUGCAGCAACACAAAGGGUAUAUACACCCACUAGAAUUCAGAUCGCUUUGCAUUGACCUCAGAUUAUGCGCUCACAACUUUUCUGCUCUGAGACUUCUUCACGCUUUUAUUAUUUCUUUACUUUCAUUGUAUUUUGAAUCUUUUUUCUUUGAAUUUCACGUUUUUCGUUCUGCUUCUUAAGAGUUGCAAGAAUGAAGGUUACAAUAUCAGCCAGGAAAACAGAAAUGCUAUUUAUUGUAAAAUAGCAUCUUCACUUCAUUCAAACCAAAGAAAACAAAUCAACAUUUCUGCAAAGAUUGAAUCAUUUACAUAUAGAAGCUUCUUUUUUUGUCAAUGGCUGUUAUUUGUAGCUUUCUUUUAUGUUCAAAUAUAAUUUUUCUUCCUGUUAUGUACAUCCUGUAUUCUUCUCCACUGUAAUAUUAAAAUUCUCACUGUCUUUA